AUUAUUGUGCUUCAAAAUGCAUAUAAGGAUGCGUCAAGUCCACAGAAUACAAUACAUGUAAGUUUUGUAAAACAAUAUGCAACAACCAUCCCUCCAAACAAAACGUAUUGGGUCAAGCCUUGCUCUUUCAUUCCUUUAUGCUACACACCUCGCUUUGGUUCAAUUCAAUCUCAAGAAGUGACAGUCUCGACACUGUGAAGAAGCGGACUUGCCACCAAAUGUGUACAAAUUGCAAAGAAGAGCUGACCCAGUACCAGUAGUACAUCAUUUUUGGAGAAUGAAAGUCAUAUACUAGCAUUGAUGGCAUCAAACAAAUGCAGCAUUUACCCUCAAAAUCAAACAUACGAGCAGCAGAGCAAUACUGCUUAUCGCUCCUCCAACUCUGUAAUUCUCUACCCAAACUCCUUCAACUCCAAUCCCAUAUCAUCAAAUCAGGCCUUCAAAACAAUCCCCUUCUCCUCACUAAAUUCACCUCCAUUUCCUCUAACUAUAACGCCGUUUCUCACGCUUCAUCAUUGAUUUUCUCCCCGUAUGUUGAACCCCGUUUCUUUGAUGCCUUUCUUUUCAACACCAUUAUACGAAGUUACGCUUUUACUAAUGAAUUUAAGGUUGAUGGGUUGUUUUUUUAUUGUAAAAUGUUGAGGUAUGGUAUUUGGCCGAAUAAGUUUACGUACCCUUUUGUGCUUAAGGCUGUUGCUGGACUCGGUGAGUUGAAAUUAGGGGAAACGGUUCAUGGGUCAGUUGUGAAAUUUGGGUUUGAUGACGAUUCUCAUGUUUUGAAUACGUUGGUGCAUAUGUAUUGCUGUUGUAAUGGUGGGGUUGAGUAUGCGCGGAAGGUGUUCGAUGAAAUGCCUAAGUGGGAUUCGGUAGGGUGGAGUGCGAUGAUUGGUGGUUAUGUGAGAUGGGGUUUGGCUAGUGAAGGUGUAAGGUUGUUUAGGGAAAUGCAGGUUGUUGGGGUGGAACCUGAUGAAGUUACGAUAGUUUGUUUGUUGUCUGCGUGUAUAGAUUUGGGUGCGCUCGAGCUAGGGAAGUGGCUCGAGGGGUAUAUCAAGCGGAAGAAUGUUCGGAAGAGUGUUGUUCUUUGGAAUGCUUUAAUUGAUAUGUUUGCAAAAUGUGGUGAUGUUGAUAAAGCUUUGAGUUUGUUUAGGAGUAUGAGCGAAAGGAAUAUUGUUUCUUGGACUUCCGUUAUAGACGGUAUGGCAAUGCAUGGACGAGGAACUGAGGCUGUUUCGUUAUUUGAGGAGAUGAAGAAAGACAGGGUUGUACCUGAUGAUGUUUCCUUUAUUGGGUUACUUACUGCUUGUAGCCACUCUGCUUUAGUUGAGCAAGGUAAAGGAUAUUUUCAUUCGAUGACGAAGGAAUUUGGGAUAUCGCCUAAGAUAGAACACUACGGAUGCAUGGUUGAUCUAUUAUGCAGAGCUGGACUUGUGCAAGAAGCAUUGGAUUUUGUUCAGAGAAUGCCUAUCAAGCCAAAUCCAGUAAUUUGGAGAACACUUAUUACUGCUUGUCGUGCUCAUGGUGAGCUGAAGCUUGGUGAAAAAAUAACAAAAGAGGUGAUAAAACAUGAGCCAACACACGACUCUAAUUACAUACUACUUUCUAACAUUUAUGCAAAAAUGUUUUCUUGGGAGAAGAAGAUCAUGAUUAGGGAAGUGAUGGCGAAGAAGGGGAUGAGAAAGGUUCCAGGGAGUACUAUGAUUGAGCUAGCCAGUGAAAUCUUUGAAUUUGUGUCGGGAGACAAAAGUCAUAGUGAGUACAAAAUUAUUCAUCAGAUGGUGGAUGACAUUGGUAAGGAGAUUAGAAGAGCUGGAUUUGUUGCUUCAACAUCAGAAGUGCUACUUGAUCUCGAUGAGGAAGAUAAAGAGGGGGCUGUAAAUAGGCACAGCGAAAAGCUUGCUAUUGCAUUUGCCCUUAUGAAGACACCUCCUGGAACUCCUAUCCGAAUAGUGAAAAACUUAAGAGUCUGUGAAGAUUGCCACUCUGCAACUAAAUUCAUCUCGAAGGCCUACAAGCGAGAAAUAUUGGUUAGGGACAGGAACCGAUUUCACCGCUUCAUAGAUGGGGUUUGCUCAUGCAAAGAUUUCUGGUAGCUUAAUGUGCAUGACGUUGAGAUCAAUAUCAGUCAUGUCAAGCCAAGAGUAUCUUUUCAUUAGCAUUGUUAGCAGAGAGGCUUAUUCAAUAUGCAUGAUCUUCUUGCAUAAAUGAUGAAACUAAAAGUGUGAUGCCACAAAAGAAGAUAUAACUUGAGACGGUCUAAACCCAGAACCUGUGGGACAUUAUUUUGGCUGUUGUAGGCUGUGCUUCACCUAUGAGUUCCUGCUGUAUCUUGGUAUCUCUGUGGAGGCAUUGUUUCGAUGAAGAUGUUGUUAAUCAUGGCAUUCUGGCAUGCUUGGCUUCCUUAAACAUCAUCGUGAAUGCAGGUAUACUCAAUUGGUUGUCUUUGACUUGUACAUGACAUUAAUCCUGAACAAAGGUGAUGGAUGCAUGAGGGUUUUACAAUUGACAAACAGAGCUAGUGCUCAUAAUAAUAGUUGGAAUAUCCGUAAUAAAUUUAGCUCAGCUCAGGAAGAUGCUUUGAGAAGGGAAGCCUUGGAGCAACUGUAAGAGUUGUUUCACCAGGAUGUCACGGAUUCAAGCCAUGGAAACAACCUCUCGUAGAAAUAUAAGGUUACAUAUGAUGGAUCAAAUAUGGUAUGACCCUUCAUCAGAGCCUACAUAUAGCAGGAGCUUUGUGCUAUUGGAUGAAUGUUCCUUUGUCAAGGAAGACGCUGUUAAGAUUAUGUAUUUGUAAAUGGCUUUGAUUCGUAAAAUCUCAUCUUUUCUUUAAAAUUAAAGGAAGGAUGCAGGCACAUAUUUUGCUUAAAAAACCAUAUUGUUGGUAUUGAUUAUUCAAUCUGCCAAAUACGAGAAAAAUAGUUUUCUUUGAAGUUCUAC